AUGACUGAUAAAAAAAUUCCAGUAUCAACACAAGCUAAUCUUUCUAUAAAGGAAGAACGUCUCAAGAAUUUUUUCAUUGCAGGAUUAAAUCCCAAAAACCAGCUGGUAGCAGAAGAAUACGGAAAAGAUCUUCCAUUAAAAAAGUUAGUAAAAUUGCUGACUAUAAAUGAAAUACGUGCUAA